CCAAUCAAAACCAGAAAAAAGAAUCCCUCCUCUGUGUGUUUGUGCGCAGUCUGACUGGAAGCUUAUUACAGGUAAAAGUUUGAAGCCCUUGAAUUUGAAAUCAUGGCCCAGGACAUGACUCUGCUGUGGGGCUCCGGCUCUCCUCCCUGCUGGAGAGUGAUGAUCGCUCUGGAGGAGAAGAAGCUGCAGGGCUACAACAGCAAACUGCUCUCCUUCGAGAAAAUGGAGCACAAGUCCCAGGAAGUGUUAGACAUUAAUCCCAGAGGCCAGCUUCCAUCAUUUAAACAUGGAAAUAUUGUCGUCAAUGAGUCCUAUGCAGCCUGCUUUUACCUUGAGAGUCAGUUUAAAUCCCAGGGAACUAAACUGAUCCCAGACGGCACUGAGGAGCAGGCACUGAUGUACCAACGCAUGUUUGAGGGCCUCACUUUCUACGACAAACUAAGUGCAACAAUUUUCUAUGAUUACUACGUUCCUGAAGGAGAGAGGCUCGAGUCGGCUCUGAAGAGAAACAAGGAGGCCCUGGUCACUGAACUCAAACUCUGGGAGGGUUACCUGGAGAAGCUGGGCUCUGGGUCUUACCUGACAGGAAAGUCUCUUACUCUGGCAGAUGUGGUUGUUUUUCCAACUGUUGCUACUCUCUUCAGAUUUGGGCUGUCUGCUGAGCGUUACCCCAAACUGGGAGAGUACUACGCUCUGAUGAAAGAAAGACCCAGCGUCAAGGCCAGCUGGCCUCCUCAUUGGCUGGAGAACCCCAAGGGACAAGACACCCUGAAGGACAUGUGAAAUGGAUCAGUACCAGCCAUACAUGAGAAGCAUUGUAGUCUUGCUUCUGUAAAAGAAAUAUUCCGGUAAUCAGAUAUAACUAACACAGAUUCAGCUUGAAUUGUGGUAAAUUGAUGCAGCUUUUGUUCUUUUAAAGGUCAAAAAGUUUCAUAGAUGGUUUCUUCUGCAACAUUGUUUCAACAGAAGAUAAUUUUGCUAAUAUUGCUGAGGAUGCUGGUGCUGUUAAAAUGCUCAUUUUUGUUUUUCUCCUUCCACAAAAUCUUUAUAUGUAACAAUCAACUCAUACAUAUAGACAUAAAUGCUUAACAAUUUCCAUCAUCUCGGAAGUUAGUUCUGCUUCAUGUUUUCUGCCCACAAACGUUUCCUAGUGGUUUGCUACACAAAUGCUGCACUAUAAAAUCAUGAGUUGGGGCCAUAAAUGUGGAAUAGGUCGAAUACAGCGAAGGUCGGUGUGUUUAAAGAUGUUCAAAGUACAGUAUGAUUGUAAGAGAUAUAAUGUACCGUUAGAGAAGAUCCAUGUUAUCAAAUAUCUGGUUUACUAUUUGAAAAGAAAAACUGGUUUGCACUGCCCAAAGGUGGCUUAAAUCUCCUGUGUUGUCGUAAGUUUGCAUAAACCAGAGUUGUUAAAUGCGUUCUUUGCAUAAUUUUGCAUUUCAUGUUGAGUGCUCGGCAUGUUUGUGACUCAGCUGAGUGCUGCGUGUAGGUCAGUGUUUAUCUCAUUAAACACGAGUGUGUAUUGCCUUCAUUGAUUGUGUGUUUUGUUGCUGUAAACAUGAAAAUAUAUCUCUUUUCCUGCGACUGAAGGAUGUUUUACUAGUCUAUAAAAAUACCUUAAUGAGC